AUGGUAGCAAAUGGAUGUAAACCGGCUGAGGUUACCUAUAAUAUUCUUGUAAAAGGCAUUGCUUGUGAAGAAUUCCCAGAGGAGGCUUCAAAAUUGUGGAAUGAAUUGUACUCCAAAGGACUUGUAAAGAAAAGCUGUUGCACUGGUCAGUAG